GCGGGGAGAUUUUUUCCAAUCAUGGUGUAUCCAUGGCCAACACAACCUGUGACAAGCCCACAAAGGUGGAUGCUACGGUCCACGUGUUUCUUCUUAGUAUCUACAUCUCAACCUGUGACAAGCCCACAAAGGUGGAUGCUAAGAGCCACCUCUCCACGUCUUUUUCGCAGUCAGUCUCUACUGUUGGCAUUUUUGAACCUCUCAAUACAACUUGUGACAACCCCACAAAGGUGGAUGCUAAGGGCCACCUCUCCAGGCCUGUGAGAAGCCCAGAAAAGGUGGAUGCUUCCGGCCACCCUACAUCUGAAGCCAAGUUUCCAUUGUUGCCAGAACAGUGCAAGAACUUGCAACCUAUGCAAGAGAACUUGAUGCCCCUAGUCAACGCAACUUGUGACAAUCCCAUGCAGGAAGGGCGCCAAGGGCCAUCCCACCAUUUCUUUGUCGUAGUAUUUCAACCUGGGCCUGAAAGUGAUGCACCAAGUUUCCCUUGGCUCUCCCACCCUGCAAAGCCGCGGUCAUGGCCUGACACCAAGCUGCCUCAGGGAUGUCAUUCUGCUCAAAAAUUCUUUGCGCACAGCCAGCCCAUGCACCUUCACAAGUACAACCACUGCUGAGCGCAUCCUGCGUGCAGCACCUGCCAUCAUGUCUUGGUCUGGAAGGUAAUGAAAUCCUCAACCUGCUGCACCUUCCAGCUCUUCUCAACGAUGGCCUGCAAACGUUGCACCUCCAUCGAUCCAUCGAGAAGCUCCUUCCCCCUCAUGGGUUUAGAGAAAGCAGGCUUGGCGUUGCUAGACGGCUGGCGUUUCAAUGAAGAAGAUGUCAUCCCCUAUGCCUUGCAGCUGCUGUGGUUUGAAGGGGCUCCAUUCAUCAUUUCGAGGCCGCAGAACCAGUUCUCUAGGCACCUGCGAUAUGCCAGAGAUGACCCAGUCUUCAUCACCACACUAUCGGCGGACCUGACGGAGCUGAAGGGGAAGAAGUUCUUGCAACAGGGUGAUGUUGAGAUGAUGCUGAAGCGCUUGCUCGUCUUUAACUUCACAAAGCCCAUCGUGAUCUGCAAGCCUGUGGUGCAAGGCUGCGGUCAUUGUUUUGGCCAUACUGCGACCCCUCUUGUCCAUGCUCCCAGCGCAUCACCUCGAGCUGCGCCUUGCCGUCCACCUGGAGUCAUUGAAGAAGCUGAAUCUUGGUCAGUCGCAGAUGUAGUGUCGUUUUUGCAUCACCUUUCUUUGAGCUACUUGGCCCCAAAGUUUGAGGAGAACGGCGUUGAUGGCCAAAUGCUUUGUGAGCUGUCCCUGGGAGAUCUCACUGACAACUUGGGGUUGGAGCCACUACAAGCCAGGAAGGUGAUGAACCGACUAUGGCCAUGAGCUGCACUCUUGUUCUUCUUGCUAGCGUCUCUAAAGUGUCUCUAACUCAACAUGCUUGCACGGCAUAUAUAACUUACAGACUAUGCCCCAACCAAGAACAGGUGCGAUCUCACGUGUCCCUCUUGAGUCCGG